AUGGCACGCGACCACAGCGAGAACAUCAGUCCAGGCCGCUCAAAACACCUCGAGCGAAACCGCAUCGCCGCAAACAAAUGCCGACAAAAAAAAAAGAAGGAACACCAGAAAAUCCAAAAUUCCCUCCAUGACGAGACCGCCCGACACGAUUCUCUCAUGGCCGAAUUAAACAGCCUCCGCGAGGAGGUCUGGACCUUGAAGAAUACCGUUUUCGCACACGCUAGCUGCAACGACUGGCACAUUAAUCGAAAAUUAGCUAGCAUGAGCGAAAGUCUCACCGGCAGUAGCCCGGAGCAGCUUCAUGCUCAAUUACCUUCCCCGACCUUUUCAUCUCAGAGUUGUUCAGAUGCAUCCGCAGUGGAGUCUGGGGCUGUUGAGCCGAAUGUCCUUGCGUCUUCGUCUUUCUCUUCGGAUGGCUCGGGGCCUUUACCAUUGAUGGAUCCGGCGCUUUUUGAUCAGACUUAUAAUGGGGUCGGGACCCCAGAGUUUGGAUUUGACCGGCUCAUUGAUAUGGAAAAUCUUUAG